UCUCUCUCUCUCUCUCUAUUAAGGAAUAAGGUUUGUAUUUUUGAUCCAUUUCUCCGCCAAUUGGUGCUGUUGGAGUAGUCUUGAGAGAAUCAGGAAGAGUUCGAGGAGGGAUUUGAGGGUCGAGGAUGUGUGGAGGGGCGAUCAUCUCCGACUACAUUCCGGCCGGGGCGGGGCCGCUGCGCGUGACCACGGAUUGCCUGUGGCCAGAUCCGAACAAUGGCUGCGGAAUGAAGGCGGGGGAGAAGAAGAAGAAGAGGAGGAGGAGCGGUCGUGGCCGUCGCCUCCCGGCGGAGGAGACGGACGAUGACUUCGAGGCAGAUUUCCAGGAGUUCGAGGAGGACGGCGAGGUUGAUCUCUUCCAUAUCGAGUCCUUCGCUUUAACUUCGGAAGAUAAACCAGUCCCCACGAGACCUUCAGAGGUUGAUGUACCUGCAUCCAGGUCUGCUAAAAGGUACAGAAAGAAUCAAUAUAGGGGUAUCCGUUGGCGUCCUUGGGGGAAGUGGGCAGCUGAAAUUAGAGAUCCUCGUAAGGGAGUUCGUGUCUGGCUUGGAACCUUCAACACUGCUGAAGAAGCUGCAAGAGCAUAUGAUGCAGAAGCUCGUAAGAUUCGUGGCAAAAAAGCCAAGCUCAACUUCCCUGAUGGGUCACUUCCUUGUGUCCAGAAGUCCCUUCCGAAACUAGCUGCAUCAAGAACAUCAAAAACAGAGAUGCCCAACUAUAAUAAGUGCUUCAAUCACCUCUAUGACCCAUUUCAAGAUUUCUGCUCAUCUUUUGACUUCAUCGAAGUGGAUCCCAUCAUACAAUCGGAGAAACUGAGUUCGUUCCCAGAGAUAAAACCAGCUCCACCCACUGUGGUGGCUGGGAUGAAUUUGCAAUCUGACCUACAUGAGAUUAAGACUCCAGAAAUCACAUCAGUUAUUUCUCCAACAAUUUCUGAAGUUGAAGAGACAGCCUGCCUAGAAAAAGGUGUUGCUCCAAAGAAACUGAAGAACAAUGUAGGACGAGCUGUGCCUACUAAGGAAAGUGCUGCUGGGAAACCCUCCAAAGAGUUGUCUGCUUAUGAACCAUACAUGAAAUUUCUGCAGAUAACUUAUUUGCAGCCGAGCACAGAUGACUCAAUCGACAACCUUCUCGGUGGUGAUUUGACUCAAGACUUUAGCAGUGUGGACCUCUGGAGCUUCGACAACCUGCCACAGUUGGGGAGCAGCAUCUUCUGAGGAUCCUCGAGUUAUGGCAUCCAUUAUCAUGUAGAUAACAUAUAAGUGGAAUGAAAGUGUUGGAGGAUAUAAAAUUGUUGCAUGGACUAUGAUCUAUGUCACUGUACUAUAUCUCUGUUUGAGAGUGUUCAAGUGUUUUGGUCCUUUUGGAUUCCUCUAAUGUUAGUCAAAUUAUCAGUAUAGUAGGAAAUGCUGAAUAUGGAUUUGGCUGUAUGUCUGAUACUGCUAAUGGAGAUGCUUGUAGACAUCAUGGCAUGCUUAUUUUAUGGUUCAAUGGCUACCUUCCAUAUUUAUGUUA